AUUCUUAACAUAUGUGGUCAGCGGUGACCCACUCAAUAUUUUUGAGUCAAAAGGGAACAAAUCGAGAUGCAGUGAUGUCGGAGAUGCUACCGAAAAUAUCGUGAUUUUUUCGCUUAAAAUCUUCUAGCGUUUGGCUUGUAAGAAGCCAAAUGAACGCCUCAAAAUGCCAAACUCUUUUAACGUCAAAAUCACCACGAUGGAUGCUGAGCUGGAAUUCCCUCUCGAGUCAAAUGCUAAAGGUAACGAUCUGUUUGAUUUGGUGGUAAGGACUCUUGGGAUUCGUGAAAUAUGGUAUUUUGGUUUGCAAUAUAAGAAUACAAAGGGAGGUUUAGCAUGGCUACAGUUGAACAAGAAGGUAAAGAAGCAGGAAGUUGAUACUAAAGAUCCUAUGACCUUCAAUCUUCGUGUAAAGUUUUACCCAGAAGACGUCGCUGAAGAACUUGUACAAGAGAUCACAAAGCACUUGUUUUUUCUUCAAGUCAAAGAGGCAAUCCUAAAUAUGGACAUUUCUUGCCCUCCAGAGGCAUCAGUAUUAUUAGCAUCGUAUGCUGUACAAGCAAAGUAUGGAGAUUAUGAGAAAGAAAUACACAAACCAGGGUUCUUAACCAAUGAACAUCUUCUUCCACAAAAGGUUCUAGAUCAAUACCAGAUGACAUCAGAUAUGUGGGAGGAAAGGAUAACGUCUUGGUAUGCUGAACAUAGAGGACUUACAAGAGAUGAAGCAGAAAUAGAGUAUCUCAAAUUAGCUGAAGAUUUAGAAAUGUAUGGAAUWAGCUACUUUGACAUCAAGAAUCAAAAAGGAACACCRUUGUGUUUAGGGAUCAAUUCUCAUGGUAUGAGUGUUUAUGAGAAAGAAAACAAACUUUCACCYCGAAUAUCAUUUCCGUGGAAUGAAACUAAGAAUAUAUCAUUUCACAACAAAAAAUUUGUUAUUGAGUGUACAGACAAAAAGUCACCUAAUUUUAUAUUCAGAACUGACGGYCUAGCUACAAGCACAGUGAUUUAUGAAUUGUGUGUUGGCAAUUAUGACUUGUUCAAACGAAGACGAAAACCAGAUACAAUGGAAAUCCAGCAAAUGAAGGCAUUGGCCAAAGAAGAGAAGCUACGCAGACAGAUUGAAAGAAAUAAGCUGCUUAAAGAACAGCAAGCAAGGGAAGAAGCAAUAAGACAAAAAGAAGAACUAGAAAAAAGAUUAAAUGAAUGUGAAGAAGAAGCAAAAAGAAGCAGAGAAGCUUUGAUGCAAGCAGAAGAGAUGGGUGAGCUUUUGGCUGAAAAAGCCAGAGUUGCAGAAGAAGAAGCAGCAUUACUCCAGAAAAAAGCAAGUGAUGCUGAAGAGGAACUGAAAAGACUACGUUUAACAGCAAGCAAGGCAGAAGACGACAAACUUGCCAUGGAAAGAAGGGCAAGAUACACAGAGGAAAAGAUGGGAUAUGUCUUAAAAGARUCUGACUCAAGAGCAAAGGAGGCUGCAGUGCUACAAAGACUUUUAGAAAUAUCAGCAUCAGCAACUACAUUGCCAGGAUACAAACUAGGGGACAGUAAUAAUUAUGAGUACAGUGACAGCAGUCAAAGUGGUAGUUUGAAAAGAAUAGACAACAAGUAUUCGACUUUGCAAAAGAUAUCUUCUGGAUCRUCAAAUGCAAGAAUAGAAUUUUUUGAAGAAUUGUAACCAUAAAACGUGUUCUAAAAUGGGCCAUCUUUUAAGAUGUAUCAGAUUCCUGUGACAGGACCAAAAAGAAAAAAAUAUUUUAAACUGUUUUUCACGAACUCAUAUAUGUGAAACAGUCUAAUGAUUCAGGCUUCAGAAACAAAGAAAAGUAACUGAAUUAGAUGUUAAUUCA